AUGGAAAUAGAGAAGGAGGGAAGUGACAAAACACAACAAAAAGAAUUAUUAGAAAAUGGUCGCAACUGUUUCAUAGAGAUAUUAAAAUCUUACCGCAAAAUCAUUCGUACAGUCAAAGAGGACGAACACGAAGACAACAAAUAUCCUCAUGUUUCCGCUUUCAAAGUGCAAACGGAGAUAUCCCGCAUCACUCACAGCUUCGAGCAAAUACAAAUUGUUCUCAAUGAGACAAUGCAGCAGUUCGUCUUAAUUCAAAACGCCGGUCGUGAUGAUCGCAUCGAACACCACCAAAAUGUUUUAAAGGAUUCCCAACGCUCUUUAGACCUUUUUUUGACUCAACUUGAGUUACUGACAGACCAAGGAGAGUCUUUAAUUGCCGAGUGUGAGUCUGCUCUCCUUCCCCCAACAAAGUAA